UACUAAAACAAAGACUGCUUCUUUAAGUCAACGUUAAAAUAAAAGAAUUAGCUUAAAUUUUGUAAAUGAUUAAUAAUUUAAUACGGAGUAGUAUUGUAUAACAAUCUACAUCCAACACAUAAAUCCAACCCAUCAACUAGCUACUAACUUUCAUCUAAUCGAUCUUAAAUCCUUCUGAUUAACAAUGGAAAUUCCUAAUCCCAGCUAUGGGAUUUGGUUAGCGCUGAGUAUUAUUUCUCUGAUGAUACUGACCAUCAUAGCAGAAGAUCAAGCGGUUCAUAAUCAUCAUGAUAUACUUACUGAUAUUGAUGAUCAGAUUAAUGAUGAUGAUGAUCCAUACAGGACUUCGUAUCACUUUCAGCCACCACAAAAUUGGAUGAAUGAUCCAAAUGGACCAAUGAUUUACAACGGCAUAUAUCACUUAUUUUACCAAUAUUAUCCUGAACCUGUUUGGCACACUGAAAUUGUAUGGGGACACUCAACAUCAACCGAUUUAAUCAACUGGACACCACAACCAAUUGCCCUUUCUCCAUCGGAACCUUACGACAUCAACGGAUGUUGGUCGGGAUCUGCUACCAUACUCCCCGGUAAUAAGCCCGCCAUCCUAUACACAGGUAUUGACAACCAAAAUAACCAAGUUCAAAAUAUAGUCGUACCUAAAAACCUGUCAGACCCUUACCUUAAGGAAUGGGUUAAGAUCCCCCAAAAUCCAUUAAUGGUUGGCACACCCAAUAACAGCAACAUUAUCGACGCUUCUGCUUUCAGAGAUCCAUCUACUGCAUGGAAAUUACCAGAUGGUAAGUGGAGAGUAAUCGUCGGUACUCAACAAGGAAAGCGCGGAUUAGCUGCUCUUUUCACGAGUGAGGACUUCAUAAAUUGGAGCAUUACAGAACACCCUCUUCAUUCAGCUGAGGAUAACGGCAUUUGGGAGUGCCCAGAUUAUUUCCCGGUUUAUAUUGGAAAGUCAUUAGGUGCUGAUACGUCUGUUAUUGGUAGAAAUGUUAAGCAUGUCCUAAAAUUAAGCAUAUUUGACACUCAAUAUGAGUACUAUACUAUCGGAAGGUACGACAUUGAUAAGGACAUUUACGUACCAGACGAGGGAUCAAUUGAAAAUGUUAUGGGUUUAAGGUAUGAUUAUGGUAAAUAUUACGCGUCAAAGUCAUUCUUUGACGAUAAGACUAAUCGCAGAAUAUUAUUGGGUUGGGUCAAUGAGUCCUCAACUCAAACAGAAGAUAUCAAAAAGGGUUGGUCCGGACUUCAGGCAAUUCCAAGAACAAUUGUGCUUGAUAAAUCUGGAAAACAAUUGGUGCAAUGGCCUCUCACAGAAGUUGAAACUCUACGAGAAAAUCAAGUAGAAUUGCUCUCUCAAGUAAUUCGAGGAGGAUCACUCGUUGAAAUAUCCGGAGUCACAGCCUCUCAGGCGGAUGUGGAAAUUUCAUUCAAAGUACCAGAAUUAAAGGACGUCGAGGAAUUAGACCCAACAUGGACCAACCCAAAAAUAUUGUGUAGCAGGAAAGGAGCAUCAAUUGAAGGAAAACUUGGACCAUUUGGAGUAUUAACACUUGCUUCCAAUGGCCUAGAAGAGUACACUGCAGUCUUCUUCAGAAUCUUCAAAGGCUCAAACAAAUAUGUGGUCUUAAUGUGCAGUGACCAAACCAGGUCUUCUCUGAAUCCAACUACUGAUAAACUAAGUUUCGGUACAUUUGUGAACGUCGAUCCUGUCAAUGAUGCGUUAUUCUUGAGGAUUUUGAUUGAUCAUUCCAUUGUGGAGAGCUUUGGGGACAAUGGUAAAAGUUGCAUGACUGCGCGAGUUUAUCCAACACUAGCUACAAACGACAAAGCAAAAUUGUAUGUGUUCAACAAUGGAACAGAGGAUGUGAAAAUUACUAAAUUGAGUGUUUGGAGUAUGAAGAAUGCUCAAAUGAAUCUCCCAACAGAUAAUUAUAGUUCCAAUAUAUGAGUAAUAUCACAAGAUCGCACAAGAUACAUGCUGAUACACAUGAGUUAUAACGAAUCAUUGUGAUUCUAUUGCCUUAAGAAACAUUGAUUUCAUAUUUAUAUGAUUUUUUAUUCUUCAGGUAUCUCAGAGUUUCAACAUUAUCUACUAGUAUUUUAUGCACGCGAUGUAAGGAUGAAUUUUAAAAUGCAUGUAUGCUGAUUUAUUAACGUAUAAUGACUAUAUCGUUUGAGUGUAGUAAA